CAUCGUCUUCCUUAUCUUCUGGGGCCUGUCAUAUUUUUCGUCUCACCCUCUUCCUCUGUCCCCGACGACGCCACUCGAGCUGCCUCCUCUAUCGAUAUCGUGCCGGUUGAGCGGCGUAGCACAGUAGCAGUAUGAACGACUGGGCGCCGGCGAUCAUAGCCUCGGCUCUGUUCGCUUUCCUGUGCCCAGGAGUGAUCCUGCAGAUGCCCGGCCGGCAGCGGCCGAUCGAAUUCAUGAACAUGAAGACCAGCUUCCUGUCCAUCGUCGUCCACACCGUCAUCUACGGGCUGCUCCUCAUGCUGUUCGUCGUCAUCUUGCAGGCUCAUCUCUAUAUCUAACCUUGUUGUAUUUCCUUCAUGAUGCUUUUAUCCUCUGUUUUCUUUUCUGCUCUGGUAUGUGUGCUUGGUCUAGAACUAGGAUGCUCGCAGGAUGCAUGAUUCUGUUUCUUGCGAACUGCUUAGCUUCAAUGUCUUGGACGGAACCGAUCGUGUUUGUAUCUGCCCCCAUUGGGAAACCGUGUGCCUGUCUUCGUA